GGCCGUGCUGUACAGAAGACAUGAGCGAGAAGGAAGGAUCCGGAACAUUUAAAAGAUACAAACAUGACUUUAAACCACCUCAGAGAAAAGAUGGGAAAGGAGGUGCUGUUGACUCUUCAUCCCCAGUGAUACUUGCUUUUAAAUCUUUUCAGCAUGAACUGGAUGCAAGGCAUGACAAGUAUGAGCGGAUUGUGAAGUACAGCAGAGACAUAACAACUGAAAGCAAGAGAACGAUAUUCCUUUUACAUAGAGUAAUCAGUGAACCUAACAAAGAUGAUGUUCUGGCUGAAGCAAAAAAGAAACUAGAUGGUGUACGAGAAAAAAUGAAACAGGUGGCCCAGGAGCUCGUGGAUGAAGAUGUAUAUCAGUACCACAGAGCUAUUACAUCAGGUCUUCAAGAAUAUGUUGAAGCAGUCACCUUUCAGCAUUUUAUUACACACAGAGCCCUUUUAAGCCUUGAUGAUAUCAACAGACAGCUAAUAUUUGAAAAUAAUCGUAACUGCAGGCAAAAUAUCAAUAUUGCUUCGAACAAUGAAGACCAAACCAAACAGAACAUAUUAAGCCUUCAGAUAAGUCAUGUGGAUUAUUUGCUUGGAGUAGCCGACCUUACUGGAGAGCUGAUGCGUUUGUGCAUAGGUAGCGUUGGAAACGGAGAUAUCGAUACCCCCUUUGAACUGACUCAGUUCUUGCGUGAAAUUUUCGAUGGAUUUGCUUACAUUGGUAACACUGGUCCUUAUGAGAUUUCAAGAAAGCUGUAUACUUUAAAACAGAGCUUGGGGAAAGUCGAAAAUGCCUGUUACAUGUUGAAAGUGAGAGGCUCCGAAAUUCCAAAACACAUGCUUGCAGAUCUGUUUGUAUCCAAAUCCGAACUGCUUGAACACGAUGAUGGCAUGUCCUAAAUGUUGACCUUUUAGUAGGAUAAGCUGGAAGUUUACCAGUUUAACUGUUAUUUUGUCAUUUUUGUUUCCUUUGUUUUAUUAUUUUACAUGUGCAUCUGUGCACAAACUUUAACUAUAAUUUUAUUAUGCUAAUUGUAUAUCUGAUUGUUGUAUGUUCCAACUUUGACUGUUAAGCCAAGCAUAUCU